AUGAAGUCUCUCAGAUCUGUGUUGCUCGCGAGCAUUGCGGCGGCUCCGGCCAUGGCCGUUCUUCCCAAAGACUUGGACGUCAACGACCCAGGCAAGCCGGACCCCUUUAGCCUUUCGCUGUGUCGGAUAUUAGAACGUCACAUCAACUUCCUAGUGGAAGGCGUUGCCAGUAACGUCGCCUCCAACCUCAUGUCCUAUUACGCACCCGAGAACUCCACCGUUCAAACCAUUGGAACCUUCUUCCCAUUCGUCGACUUCUGGACCGCCGGCGCAGUCUGGUCCAGCCUCAUCGAAUACCAACACUUCACUGGUGACAAGUCCUACAACGAAGCCAUCAUCGCCGCCCUCACCGCCCCCGAUAACCUCGGCCCCAACAAAGACUACCACUACAACGAAUCCAUCGCCUUCCCGGCCGGCGACGACGUUGCCACCUGGGGCCUCGCCGCGCUCACCGCCGCCGAGCGCAACUUCCCCCAACCCGAAAAAGAUCUUCCCUCCUGGCUUACCCUCAGCCAGAACUCGUUCAACUUCCUCACGAGCCUCUGGGACAAUGAAACCUGCGGCGGCGGUAUCGUCUGGCAGCUCAACCCGAGCCUAAGCUCGACCGGCGUAUGGAAGUCGACCCUUGUAACCGGUGCCGUUUUGCAGAUGGCCGCCCGUCUCGCCCGCGCCACAGGGGACAAGGAUGGCAGUUUGGUGCAGUGGGCCAACAAGAUCUGGGACUGGACCGACGAAGUCGGCUUCAUAAACGACGAAUACGCCGUCUACGACGGCGCGAACCCGGAAUUGGACUGCAGCACGCCGAGCAGGGUCCAGUGGACUCAUGCCUCGGGACUCCACAUCCUUGGCGCGGCAGUCAUGGCCAACCACACCGGCGACGCCAAAUGGACCGAGCGCGCGACCAAACUCAUCGACCACGCCUCCGAGGUGUUUUUCCGAGCCAGCAGCAAGGAAGGCGGCAUUGAUCCGGGCGACAUCCUCACCGAGACCGCCUGCGAGGCUGGGCUCAUGUGCACCCACAGCAUGAACGCCAUGAAAGGUCUCCUCGCCUCCGCCAUGUGGCGUGCGGCGCAGAUGGUCCCCGCCCUCGACGCAAAGGUCCGUCCCCUCCUCACGGCGUCGGCCAAGGCUGCCGCGGCGAAGUGCACGGCCGGCAAGAACCAGGACCGGUGCCAGUCUUAUUGGGCGAUGGAUAGUCUGAGCAUGGUGGGGCCGGGCGAGCAGCUUUCCGUUUUGAAUGUUGUUCAGGGCCUUUUGAUCGCUGAAGCGGAUGCUCCGUAUGCUGAGGGUCAGAUUACUGAGGUGACGGAUCCCAAUGGCUCUUCGAAGCCUGGCAGUGGUGGUAGUGGUGGCAGUGAUAAUGAGGACGAAUCCGGCGCCGUAGGCAAGCGUAUGAGCGUUGCCGUUGUUAUGGGUAGUCUCAUGGUUGCCGUCUUCGGUUUGCUAUAA